CAGCGGCAGCAGCAGCAGCAGCAGCAGUAGCAGCAGCAGUACAACAACAACAGCCCGCCACGAUGGCCUCUCUGUCACGCACGUGUAUUUUAUGUAGCGACUGUCAUCCUAGAAACAUUCUAGGAGUAACUACAUACAUAAAGGAGCACGUCUUGAUAACUUGCAAAAGUGUUGUAAAGGAUUAUAAUGUUCUUGAUCGGAGACAAGAAAGAAGUUGGACAACAAAGAGUUGGAAUCCUUUCACCUCAGCUGCAGUUUAUGACCCAACAACAGAAAACAUUGUAGCAGUCUUCAACAAUACAAUAUUAUCUCGGUGGAAACAUGAUGAAGAUGAUGUUGAUAAAGUCAAACGACUUAUUUUUGAAACCCCAAUUCAUAAGUUGAUGGUCGUGGAGAUAGUGUGUAUGGUUUUCUUUACAAACUGGACAAGUAGAAGAUCUUGCCACGGCUAUAAAAUCACGGCAGCCCUCUUAGAUUACUCCCGAUUGCCGCUGGCUGAACUUGUCUCUAGUACCACCAGUAGUUUUCACCUUAGCUCUAAAUAA